AUGGAAUUGGAGGAUGUGUCCAUCCCUCAAAGCUCAGACAUCAGGCAGCCAGCCCAGGAUGUGAUGCCUGCUCCGUCCCUGAAGCGCAGUUCUGCGGACAUGCAGCAUGCUGCUAUCGAUGUGAUGUCUCUUCUGACAGUGAAUGAAAGCAACUUGCUAGAAGGCAAAGUGCCCGACGUGCAGCAGGCAGAGCAAGGAAGCAUCUUGAACGAGGUGGCAGAAUUAAGGCAGUUCCUGACGGAGCACUCUCAAGCAAGCCAGUUGCUGGAUAUUUCUAGACGAGAAGAGGUUCUUUUCUUGGAGUUGAUAGAAGGAAGACUAUAUCGACUCUUGCCACCUGACACGUCGCGCGCACCAGACGGUCUUGUCACGGCUAUCGUCAAGCUUUUGCAGUCUCGUAGCAAUUCCGUUGCGGACCUCUUGGCAGAAUGUGAAAGACUGGCAAUAUGUGGAAUGGCGCAGCCGAAGUUCCGGCGGCGCAAAACAUCUGCGGCACAGGAUGAUGAGAACGACAAUUCUGAUCACGAAGCCCGAACUGCACCCUGGACCGAAGUUAUGGCUGCGACCAUCGGAAAGCUCUACGUGAAAUUGCAAACUUCUCUUCUGCAGGAUCAUCUUAUCAAGUACUACGUGGAAUGGUGUUGCGUAGAUGAUCUCCGGCGUCCUGGAUUUUGCACCCGGGAUCUCUCUCUGGUGUUUCAUCACCAACAAGGUUUGCUGCAGCUGCCCAAGUCUGGGCAAAACAAUAUCUACGUUUACUUGCCGCAUCGAUUGCUGGAUCCUGUGCCGGAGGAUGUGAAAUGCCGAGUUUCUUUGUUUUGGAAAACAACAUAUUGGCAAAAUAGCGCAGCUUUUGAAUGUCUUCUUGCUGGAUUGACUUUAGCGCUUCGUGGAGAAAAUGUGGAUCGUGCAUUCUGGGGCAUCGGCGCCGGCGGUGUGGGCCAAAGCCUACAAACUGCUCACCUCGAAGCUAUCUUGGGUAAUUAUCAUUCUUGUUUAGACAUGAAUAUCUAUUAUUCGGACGAGGAAAUGCGCAAACAAGCUGGCAACCUUGUCGGCAAGAUCGUUGUUACAGGGCAAGAGUCCGCGCAGGGGUCUUCUCGUGGCAUGAGGGAAGAUGUUUACAAAAAGCACAUGUCUGCCGACAAAUUGCCAGAGAGACUGCCGUACGCGAUCCAGACAACAUUAGUAGAACUUCGAGGCUUGAAACGCUUUGAAUUCAACACUGUGCCUCGGCUACUUGCCUGCAACGAGUUUGCUGGCGUCGUGGAGGACACUUUCAAUUCCAUGUUCAGACGAGUUUUGGCUGCGCGCUACAAAGCCUUGUUUCUUGAAGCCUCCUACAUAACGCAGCACAUGCAAAAUGCUGACGCGCAAGGAAUUUUUCCCAAGGACCCGACGCUCAAGGAUUUCUUGCGCUCAGGUCCUGCUUGUCUUGCCACUCUUCGAGUUAUUUGGCAGUAUGCUCACACGCACAGCGCCGAAGCUUGCAGCAAUUGUUUGGAAGAAUACGUCUUGCAGGGCAAAGAUGAGGGUUUCACAGAAUUGUGCGUCCGGCGGGCUUGCGGCCUGCAAAUGAAAACUACAGAGAAUGCGCCCGAAGUUGAAGAAGUUCAACAUUUGCAAGCAAGACAGCAUCAGGACCGGGCUGCGCAGAAUGUUAAAGAUGCCGCGGCAAAUGAGGUUCGAGCAGUUGCGUGCCAGCAAGCAAACGAAAUCUUGGCUUGGAUGGUCUGCGCGAAAAAGGAUUGGUGCACAGCGAACCAAAUACGCACCGUCAAGGGCAAGAACUUUUGGAACAAUUUUUCACGUGGUGACACGGAAGCCGUUCUUGAGGCGUUGGUGUCUCAGACAUUGUUCCACAAGACAAAUCUCACCCUCACGAAGUUAGGCUUAACGGAUGUUUUUGCUCCAAACAUUUGCGCCGCCAGAUCACUGAGGGAAGUAGUUGACCAGCAUCUUCAUCACGCAAUGGUUUUCCCUGAAACCUACUGCCGGGCUACAAUGCAUGCGUACAUGACGAAGCAGACAGGACGGCUGGCCAACAACAUUUUGCUGCGCAAAGCUCACCAAAGUAGAGUUUCGCAAACAAAGAAGGACCGUGCCAAAAGGUCCGGGCCUGUGCAAAAGGAACAGCGCAUCGUGGAGGCAGACCAAGAAAAUUCUUUGAAGGGUAUUGAGGCGCACCUGGACCUCGAGAAGGCCAUUUUCAAGGAAAUGCAGCAGCACGUUCUAGUUCACCCUGGAACAUCCGAAGUGCAGGCGCAGUGUACCUACUCCUACAAGCACGGCCUGCGAAGUCGCCGUGUGGUGAAAGGUUUGGGCGCCCAAAAAUUUUCCAAGGUGCUUCGGAAUCUCGUGCGCAAAGGCACGCGAGACUUUGACUUCCACAAUAGCAUGUUCACCUUGGUAGUGCAACUCGUAGACAAAUUACAGGUUUGUUUUCCGGAGACCCUCAAGGACAUCUCAGCUUGGCGAUGUGUGGCGACCGACAGAGAUAAGGUUUGCACGGAUACAUUGGAGUGCAACGUAACGAAAGGGAAGAGUGUGCUGUUGCAGGUAGCCUGCGGAUCAUCUUUAUGCAGCGAUGACGCCUGGCCACAAAAGGCUACUGAGUUUCUGCAGCAACUGUCCAAUGAAGGCCGCUUUCUGCGUUGGCUAGCACGAAGUCAAUGUGCGGAUGUGUAUGAAUGGGUCAAAGAGGGCGCGCGUGGCUUUGAGAAAUCUUCGUGGCCAGAAGCAACCGUUUUUGCGUACUGGUAG